AGCGACGCCGCCGCCGCAAGCCGUCCGCCUUGCCCCUCGAAGGCUUGGUCCUCCUCCUUGUAUCCCGACCUCCCCCGCGACAGACCCGUUUCCCCGCUAGGCUAGAGUUAUCGUUCCUCUGCAGCGAUGGCGAUCAAGCGGACCAAGGCGGAGAAGAAGAUCGCGUACGACAAGAAGCUGUGCAGCCUGCUCGAUGAGUACACCAAGGUGCUCAUCGCCCUCGCCGACAACGUCGGCUCCAAGCAGCUCCAAGACAUCCGCCGGGGCCUCAGGGGCGACUCGGUGGUGCUCAUGGGCAAGAACACGCUCAUCAGGCGCUGCAUCAAGGUCUACGCCGAGAAGACCGGCAACCACACCUUUGACCCGCUCAUGGACCUGCUCGUCGGCAACGUUGGCCUCAUCUUCACCAAGGGAGACCUCAAGGAGGUGCGCGAGGAGGUCGCCAAGUACAAGGUUGGGGCUCCUGCUCGUGUUGGUCUGGUUGCUCCUGUUGAUGUUGUCGUGCCCCCUGGCAACACUGGGCUGGAUCCCUCCCAGACCUCUUUCUUCCAGGUGCUUAACAUCCCCACCAAGAUUAACAAGGGUACUGUGGAAAUUAUCACCCCUGUGGAGCUGAUCAAGAAGGGUGAGAAGGUGGGCUCGUCCGAGUCUGCUCUGCUCGCCAAGCUGGGCAUCCGCCCCUUCUCGUACGGUCUCCAGGUCACCAGCGUCUACGAGGAUGGGUCUGUGUUCAGCCCUGAGGUGCUUGACCUUUCUGAGGAGGACCUAAUCGAGAAGUUCGCCACUGGUGUCUCCAUGGUCGCUUCUCUUUCCCUGGCACUAUCGUACCCAACCCUUGCUGCUGUGCCCCACAUGUUUAUCAAUGGGUACAAGAACGUGCUUGCUGUUGCUGUGGAGACUGACUACUCGUACCCACACGCCGACAAGAUCAAGGAGUACCUCAAGGACCCGAGCAAGUUUGCUGUUGCUGCUCCUGUAGCUGCUGCGGACUCUAGUGCUGCUGCUGCCCCCAAGGAGGAAGAGAAGGCUCCAGAGCCUGCCGAGGAGUCGGACGAGGAAAUGGGCUUCAGCCUGUUCGACGACUAAGCCGCUCUUAUCGUCCAUCCGCCGCAAGUUUUGCUUCUGCUUAUUAUUUUAGUGCAUUAUGUUUUAGUAGACAAACCAUGUUGGUGUAAUUGACAAUGUUAUCUCCUUAAAUGUUGAAAGUGCCCGUGUUGUGUCACUUGUUAUUGGUUUCUUGAGCUAGUUUGGUUCUCUUCUCUUGUGAAAAAGAUGUCUCCCGUAAAGACACCUCUUCAAGUGAUGUCAUCUACCACAAGACAUCUUUUAAAGCAAUGGGUUAGACAUAGAUUAGUUAAUCAUGUAACCAAAGGGUAUGUACUUUGGCAUGGAUGGCAGUGAACUUUGUUAGGAUUGGAUGGCUUGAAAUUCAGAACAUCUGAUAAUCGUUAGGACCAGCUAACGGCUUAGCUAACUAAUGUUCUUCAUGGAAAUGUUGCAGCCUAUUCCAUGUGGAAAGGAUUGAUGAAGAAGAUGCAACAUGCGAGGAUGAACGUUGAGAUUCGUAAUUUUUUUUAAUUUAGUGCACUUUGUAUCAAAUUUUGUAUGAAUUUAUAUUUUAUUUAUGAAUAUAUAUUACCUAUACC